GUUAGGUAAUUUGAUUAAAUUGGCUUCAAGGCGUAGAGGGAGCGGGCGUGGUGCACUUAUGUAGAGAUUUUCAUAUAUAAGCGGGAAAAAACGCUCUGGUAGUCACUGUUCAAGUCGAAGUUACCGAACAACCACCACCAAGCAACAUGUUCAAAUUCUUUGCCAUCGCUGCCCUCAUCGCAGUAGCUGCGGCUGCUGACCAGGGAGCUACUUCUUUUGUGUCUUUCAACGACAACCACAACUCAGUUCAACAUGUCCUGUCUGCUGGUCCCUCAAAAUACGCCAUCCCCGCUAAGCCCGUCUACGCUGUCCCUGCCCCAGUAGCCAAAGUAGCCAUUCCCGUAGCUAAAAUCGCUUCUCCCAGCUACUACAGCGCUCCCGCUCCCGUCUAUGCUCCAGCUCCAGUUUACUCCAAAGUCGCUGUCCCCGUUGUAGCCAAGUACGCUCCAGGCCCCAGCUACGCUCAAAAGGAGGAAUACGGCCCAGCCCAAUACGAGUUCGCUUAUGUGGUGGAAGACUCCCACACUGGCGACUACCAUUCUCAGCAAGAACACCGCGAAGGAGACAAAGUGGUUGGACAGUACUCGCUUCAUGAAGCUGAUGGUACUGUACGAGUGGUCAAGUACUCCGAUGAAGGACACGGUUUUAACGCAGUAGUGGAAAGGCAAGGCGAACCUGUUGCUGCCCCAGCUUACAAGAAGUUGGUAGCUGUUCCAGUUGCCAAAUACUAAGUGUCCCGGCCAUGACUGUAGAUUACACCAAAUUAAGCUAGUAUUUAUUAUUUAUUUCAAUAAAAGUAUCGCAAGUU